CGCGAGCGCAGCCGCAUGCGCGAGAUCAACCGCGCCUUCGAGACGCUGCGCCGCGCCGUGCCCGCCGCCGCCAUCACCGGCAACCCCGUCCCCUGCGAGAAACUCACCAAAAUAACCACGCUCCGCCUCGCCAUGCGCUACAUAUCGGCCCUCUCCGCCGCCCUCCGGGACUCCGAGACCGAGCCGCGGCCCGAGCGCUGGCCCUCGCCCUUCUGCUCGGACCUGUCCGAGUUCUCGACGGAGCUGGAGCAGGAGACCACGUCGGAGUUCGCGGAGGACUCGCUGUCGCCCUUCGACUCGUUCUUCGCGGAGUUCGACUGCGAGUACAUCGACAGGACAUUUGCGUGACAGUGAAGUGAUAUUGUGUGUUCAGCUCACGGGACUGAUGUUUUAUCAAAUUAGGUAUUUGUAAUUCACUCUGCCAUAUUACAAAUAUUAACUAUUAUUUUACUUUUAUGAAAGAUGUAUUUUUGAGAUUUAUUUAUUUUUAUAAUAAAAGUUGUUAUUGUUACUGUAAUUUCUAAUUUUAAACAUAUUUUUUGUGUUCUCUGUCGUGAUCUUAUUCUGUGCUAAAAGAACCAAAACUAGCUCGAGUCACUUCGCAUUUUCUGCGACUUCGUUUGGCUUCUUUGUGCUUAUCAAUUAAAAAUAAUUAUUAAAAGCGUUAAUAUAAA